AUUCCAAACUGGGGAGGGAUUGAGAUUCAUCCACUGUUAACCAGUCCACUUCGAGGAGAGAUCGGAUUAUCAUUCGAGAAGAGCGUCAAUGUUGCUACAGACCUUCGUGUGUUUUUAGACGAGAAACAUUCUUGCGGACGCAAUAUAGGCAUUUUAUUUUGAACACAGGUUAUCGUCAUCAUCCAUUUCGUUAUUGUCAUUUUUACUACGAAGGAAUGUGCAUAGAUUACCAAGGAUUUUACGCACAUGCAGCGGAACGCGGAAUAAUUCAAGGGGAGCGAGUGAUUUCAGCGCGAGGAACAUAUUUGAUAUAGGCUAUAUUUGAUAGAAAACGGUACUACUUUUAUUUUAUCACUAUAUAAACUGUAGUACUUAUGGUUAAACCAGCUAACGUUUAUGAAAGCAAAGGAGGGUUCGCUUUAAAGGGAAGUGUGGGUGUGUGCAGUUUGUCCAUUGCACGCUUGCCAUAACCUAUAGAAGCCGAGGGUCGCCUACGUCUCAGCGUUCAUUUGAGUAAUUAAACCUCUCACUCUGAUGUGUCAUAGUUUAUCAUCUUAAAAUGUUUUCACAUUUUAAUACAUUUACGCAAUUAAGGGGUUGGUUAGCUGAAGAUUUUCUGAAAAUCUAACAACAUUGCUAAACGCGUCGAGAGGAGAAAUAUAAACAGAAAAUGGCAAAGAAUGUAUCGGAGGGACUCAAUGAUGACUUGAGCAAGCUCUCGGACGAUGAACUGUUGCGAUGCAGCAAAGAUGAGUUGGUAAGGAGGCUACGGAGGGUGGACGGCGAGAAAAUGAACUUGAUGAUAGAGCAUGGGAACAUGAUGAAAGAUGUUAACCGGAGGCUGCAGGUGCACCUCCACGAAAUCCGGAAUCUGAAGGAGAUCAACCAGAAGCUUCAGGACGAUAAUCACGAGCUCCGGGAACUCUGCUGUUUCUUGGACGAUGACCGACAGAAAGGCAAGAAGCUUUCCAGAGAAUGGCAGCGGUUCGGUCGCUAUACAGCAAGCUCUGUGUGGAAGGAAGUGGGUACCUACAUGAUGAAGCUGAAAGAACUGGAGGCCAACCAAGAAACAGUGAUAAGAGAGAAUUCGGACCUGAAAGAAAUCAUCUUAAUGCUGGACGAGGAGAGGAACGGUGCCGGAUCCCGGAGCUCCAUAGACAGUCAGUCCAGUCUUACCAACCUCAACGGGGGGUCAGGGACAGUCAGGGAUGUCGGGGACGGGAGUAGCACGUCCAGCACCGGGAGCGCCGGCAGUCCAGACCACCACAACCACGUGCACAAGCCUAAUGAGGGCAAGCUGGUCACCAGCACUGUGCUGAGGUCCAUGGAUGACCUGGCGGCAGCACAUCAUCACAGGAGCAUCCCAAAUGGACUCAAUGAUCCCUCCUGUAACUACAUCAGACAGCUGGAGACUAAAGUACGGAUUUUGGAGGACGAUAAAAACAAGCUUCUUUCACAGGCUUGUAACAGAUAUAGCUUAUCACAAUUACCAACCAAGAAGCAGUGUAACCCUGGAGACCUGCGCAUGCUGAGGAAGGGCAUGACUCUGUACCACUCUGAGUCUCAGCUGUCCUCCCUGCCACAGCGCCAGGACGCUCUGCACAACGGCACAGGCCGUCUCCCCACCAGUGAGUCAUCCCCGGCAACAGGCUACCUAUCCUGCGUGCAGAAGCCGGAGGCCGUGGUGCACGCCAUGAAGGUGCUGGAGGUGCAUGAGAACCUGGACAAGCAGGCUCCAGAGGACUACGAGGAGGACCUCAGCGAGAAGGAGAAGGCCAUCGUCCGAGAGAUGUGCAACGUGGUAUGGAGAAAGCUGGGCGAUGCGGCAGGAUCAAAGCCGUCCAUCCGACAGCAUCUCUCUGGGAACCAGUUCAAAGGCCCGCUGUAGCCUAGCAACGAGAGGGAGAAAUGGAGGGGGUAGCAUAACCUACCUACACUCACCUGAACUCACCUGAUCUUUGUUCCUGCUGACUACGCUACCCAGCAUACACCACACCUGCAGCCAAUGCAGACUGCACUACCCAGAACACACCACACCUGCAGCCAAUGCAGACUACACUACCCAGAAUACACCACUACAACAUAAUGUCUCUGUGAAUGGACUCUAUACAGACCUCCUCAGGCACUCCUUCAAAACUACAGAUCACACGUUUUAUGUUUAUGAAUGUUAUGUUUUCCCAGCGGGUUAUCGCUACUGGUUAACUAGCUUACAGUACUGAAAAUUCUCGUGUCACUUCUUCUAAAAACAAAACCUGUUACACAAGAGCCAUAGAAGUCCUUUUAGAGGAGGACUGUGUCACUUUGUGCCAGGAAGGCUGUGUGGUGGACCAAUCAGGGCUGUUGGCUGGCUGAAACAUUUCCUAAUGUUGGGUUAAGGUCAGACAUGGUUUGAUAGAAACUACCAGAGACCCCUUUUGUCCUGUCAGUUCUGUUCGCCUCUCUCUGGUUAAUUAGCAUACUUAGCGUUAGCACCCAAAGUGUUGAUAAUUAUGUGAAAACCCACUGUGACAUAGCACCCUUUACUCCAAAAUAUAGGUCUAUUAACACUGUAUACAGAUCACUUUUAAAUGUGUGUAAAAUAUGUAUAAAAAAACCAUAGCACUGCUUUGUUGUUCUUUGAUUUGUUGUUUUAAUUUUCUAUUCUAGCGUGGCCAAUGUGUUGUUUAUGUUCAUGAAAAGCACACAAUCGAACCUCAAACAGGGAUUCAUUUUCUUCUCAGUAGAACAAGUUCAGAUUUGUAACUCUUUUUAAAAAUGAAUCAUCGGAAUAAUUUGUCAUCCUCCAAACCUGUCAACGGCCAGUCUAUCGAGCGAUUGAGUUCCUCUUUGUAUUUUGGGUGGUCAAACUCUUGAAGAUCUAGGCUGUGUGCAUGCUAGACAAUCACGAUCUCAGGUUGGGUCCAGGGCUUUACUGUCACCCAUCUGUGACCCGGUUGAAGAAGACUGAAUGGCUGUUGUUCCUCUGUGUUUCUGCCUGUGUAUCUGUAUCAAACCCUGGUUUCAACGCAGUUGACAACUGUUAAGCUGAACUGUUAAAAGGUGAAAACUGUUAAAACAUCUGCUGUAUCCAUGUGAUACCAGACAGCUAAGAAAUUUUUUUCUGGAACGUAUAGUUUAUAUAUUUUUAUUACAUACCGUAAUGCUAAUCCAUAAUUCGACAUGAACUGAAUUCAAAGAUGAAUAAACUUGUCAAAAUGUUUAUUUUAGACAUUUGUUUAAACCAUUCUGAUGAAGCCUUGAUUACAAUGUUGGUGGCAAUAACGUUUGACCCAUUGUCAUGGAUACAGAAGAUGGCCUGUCAGCCAUGACUGCAUGUUUGUAACAGUAUUUUUGUGUGAGAACGUGAGAGCCAAGUCUUCCCUAGAUGUUUCUCAGCACAGUCAUAUGUUAGUAUUCCUUGAUGUCAGAAUGAUACUGUUAAGUAUCCCAGUGAAGGUAUUGAUCAUCAGGUGUCAGAGAGAGUGUGUGUGUGGGGGGGGGGGGCAUUAAUAAGAAGGCUGUCGACCCAGACAUGAAGAUAAAGCUGUCAGAAUGAAUGGGUCCUUCCUACUGAGAGUUGCUGAUUAACAUCUGCAGCUCUCCUUUGUAUUACGCCUUGUUCCAAAUUAGAACAUUGUUGAGGCUUCCAUAAGAACCUAAUGUAUUCUCUCUCAAACAUUGGUAUUUGGGGUUUUUAAAAGUAUGGGUUUAAAAAGUGUCCUUUUUCUAGGAACUAGUAAAUUUGAAGAUUCUAAGCCAUGACAUGAUACAAACUAUCUACGAUAUUAGUUGGCAUUUGGUUUCAGAUGUGCCACCUUUUCUGCAUGUUUUGAUUUGGAACACGUUUUUUUUUAUAAAACCUAAGUUGUAUUUGUUUUCUUUUGUAAAUGUGCUAAUACCAGAAUGCUGGAUCCUAAAACCUACAGUGUUGAUGCCAAUUCCUGUAGUAACUAGCAUGACUGUAACUCCUUAUGAAGUUUACUGAUAUCAGCAGACAGAAAAUGAAAUGGGUCACUUAAAUGAUUUGGGGGAAAAUAAAAAUAAACUGCUUUCUUUUCA